CGCGUUAAAGCUUCGGGCCGGAGCGUACGUGUCUUGGGGGGAGGAGGAGGUGGCGGCGGGGCCGGUGCGGAGCAGCCGAGCACCGUGGGGGAUUUUAAUCCGAUUCCGGCCGGCCCGGAUUUUAUCGCGAGCGGCUUUUAAAGCGCCUCACGUCCCUCUCGCCUCUGCGGACGGGGCAGGAUGUCCGAAGCGGAGCAGCAGUUGGCGGCCGCCGCCGGCGCCACCCAGAAUGGACACGAAGCGGCUGAGAGCUCCGGGGAGCAGCAGCAGGCCGACACCGGCGGGGCCCCGGCGGCUUCGGCGGGCGCGGCGACAGCGGCGGCAGCGACAGCGGGAACGGCGGCGGCGGCGGGAGCCGGCCCUGCGGCAGGGACAGCGGGGGUGGCCGCCAGCCAGAACGGGGCCGAAGGCGACCAGAUCAACGCCAGCAAGAACGAGGAGGACGGGGGGAAGAUGUUUGUUGGUGGCCUCAGUUGGGAUACAAGCAAAAAAGACUUGAAAGAUUACUUCACCAAGUUUGGUGAGGUAACUGACUGUACGAUAAAGAUGGACCCUAACACAGGAAGAUCCAGAGGCUUUGGAUUUAUACUCUUCAAAGAACCUGGGAGUGUUGAAAAGGUUCUGGAACAGAAAGAACACAGGCUAGAUGGACGACUAAUUGACCCCAAGAAGGCCAUGGCAAUGAAAAAGGAUCCUGUGAAGAAAAUAUUUGUUGGUGGACUUAACCCCGAAGCCACAGAAGAGAAAAUCAGGGAAUACUUUGGCGAGUUUGGAGAGAUUGAAGCAAUUGAACUUCCAAUGGAUCCAAAGACCAACAAAAGGAGGGGGUUUGUGUUCAUCACUUUCAAGGAAGAAGAUCCAGUGAAGAAAGUUUUGGAGAAGAAAUUCCAUAACGUCAGUGGAAGCAAGUGCGAGAUAAAGGUAGCACAGCCAAAAGAAGUAUACCAGCAGCAACAGUUCAGUAGUGGUGGAGGAAGAGGUAGCUAUGGAGGAAGAGGCAGAGGUGGAAGAGGCGGUGCUCAAAGUCAAAAUUGGAAUCAAGGUUAUGGCAAUUACUGGAACCAGGGUUAUGGGAAUCAAGGAUACGGCUAUCAGCAAGGUUAUGGUGGCUAUGGAGGCUAUGAUUAUUCAGGAUAUGGGUAUUAUGGAUAUGGACCAGGCUAUGAUUACAGUCAAGGCAGUGCAAAUUACGGGAAGACACCAAGGCGUGGUGGCCAUCAGAAUAACUACAAGCCAUAUUGAUCAAACUUAUUCAGGUGAUGUGGCCUCAGGCAGAAAUGGGUUACUAGCACUUAUAUGAAGAGCUUGCUUUCCCUUUCUCGCAUGAAAAGUUUGUGAUGCAAAGAAAAUCUUACUGUCAGGUGAAAGCAAGGGCUUGUACGCAGAGUUGUUUCUUAAAUGGCUGUAACAUACUGUUAAUUUACUAACUGUACUCAGAUAUUUCUUGAGGGCAGUAUUUCCUAAGAACAGCUGUGGGAGCUGUGACUUUGAGCUGUCUGUUCCUCAUGAGUUUGGGGCUAAAGCUCUUUACUUCUGCUCUUUGAGACCUUGUUGAUUAUAGUGCUACUAGAACCUCAUUAGCUUGAAACUGCCUACUGAAACUGAUCAGAGGAGCCUGGGAAAGACACUUCCAGGAAUGGAGUUACCAUUGGUAGCAGCAGAUAACAAAAAAAAAAAAAGCCAGCUGGUUCAUCUUAAUUUUUAAACAGGCAUAACCUGAAAGAGCAUGAGUUCGGAAAACAUAGUUUGUAGUAGCUCCUAGAAAGAUAUUGCUUUAAAACCAGUUUUAGAAACUCUGUUAAAUAAAAGCCAAUCCCACAUCUGCCACAGUUGAACAUUUAUUUCUCCUAAAGCUUUCACUUACUUAAUAAGAUAACUGAAAAUAACAAAAUUGAAGGUUAACUUGUCUGGUCUAAGACAUACUAUGAUGAAGAUUAAAUGUACAUUUUCACAGUAUAAUAACUUUUCUUAGUAGUAGGUCUUGAAACAUGUUUGAAACCUAUGGAAAGAAAAUAAUGUUAUGUUUUUCUUAUAAAGCAUCAUUAAAAGAAAUCUAUUUCAUUGCCUCAUUUUCACUUACAAGCAAUGUAAGUGUUGUACUGGUACUGUACUGAGUAAGAGGCUUUUUUUGCAUUCUUGCUUUUUUUGUAGAGAAGCGUUUUUUUGCUUAUUUUAGAUUUGCAGAUAAGCACAUUAAGUUAUUAGGUGUCUUAAGUUAAACUGAUACUGUGAGUAAUCCUUCUGUUCUCAAGAAUCCAUAGUACUAACAGCUGUAUGUCUUUUUAUUAACUUGCUAAAUAAAAUAUUAACACACUUUU